AUGAAAAAUAUCAAGAGAAAAUCUCAAGAAAAUAAUAUCAGGAUACUUCCAAGCACAAAUCUAAUAGCACCUCCAUCUACUUCUACCAACAAACUGGCUUUACCUGAUUUAAGGUUCAAUUAUACAUUUUAUCGUGCUUUAAAUAAAGAAUUUAACAGAUAUAAAAUAGUACAACAAAAUAAUAUUAAUAAUGCUAACACAACUAACAUCUCCGAUAUUAAAUUUAAUACAAAAGUUUUAAUAGUAGGCAAAGUUAUUUUAAAAAAUAUUGUUAUAAUGCCACUACUACAGAAUAUCGUAUUUACAGGCGCAUUGAUUAUUUUAAAACCUUGGUUACAACUAGUUAUUUAUAAAGGUUUUGUAGUUGGUCAUCUUGUUAAGGAAUGGUGUGCCAAAAUGUUAAUACAUCCAUAA